GGAACACAAACCAAAAUCAUACCGAGACGCAAACGGUGAAAAGGGGAAAAAUCGAAGUGAAAAAGUGAAAACGGUAGCCAACGGCUGUGGUCGGCCGGUCGUUCUGUGUGUUCUCUUUUGUUUUUCUUUUCUUUAUUCCGUUGAAUGAGUCGAACGGCACAGAACUACGAGUUCCAACAAUGGUGGAACAAACAGCGCCACUCGUUCCUCGACUCCUCCGACGAUAACCCGCCGAGCUCCUCAGCCGCCGCUUCCUCUUCCUCCUCCUCCUCCUCCCUCGCCGUCGACCUCACCUCCUCCCCCACGGCCACCACCAAGGGCCACCACACCCGCUCCGCCCGGCAGCUCUCCUGGCUCUGGCUCCUCCGCUUCCACAAACUCACCGCCUCCGUCGCCUGGCUCACCGACUCCUCCAUCUCCCUCCUUCGCACCGCCAACCGUCGCAUCUCCAACCACCACCGCUCCCCUUCCGCCUACUCCUCCUCCUCCCGCCUCAACAAAAUCAUCCGCAUCUUCUUAAUCCUCGUCCUAUUGCUCCUCUUCCUUGAGCUCCUCGCCUACCGCCGCGGAUGGCAUUUCACCCCGCCUUCCGUCGAAUCCGCCGAGGCUCUGGUAGAGCGCCUUUACGCCAAAUGGCUCGAAAUCAGGGCCGAUUACUUGGCCCCGCCCCUCCAAUAUCUCGCCAAUGUCUGCAUUGUCUUGUUCCUCAUUCAAUCCCUCGAUCGCGCUGUCCUUAUGCUCGGCUGCUUCUGGAUCAAAUUCAGGAAAUUGAAGCCGAUUCCGCCUGUCUCAUACGCUGCGCCCGACGUCGAGGCCGCUGAGAAUUAUUACCCCAUGGUAUUGGUGCAGAUCCCCAUGUGCAACGAGAGGGAGGUUUACCAGCAAUCCAUAGCGGCGGUUUGCAUCCAGGAUUGGCCGCGAGAGAGAAUGCUGGUACAAGUCCUGGAUGAUUCUGAUGACCCGGAUACCCAAGUUCUUAUCAAGGGUGAAGUUCAGAAAUGGCAGCAGAAGGGUGUGCAGAUUGUGUACAGGCAUCGUUUUGUCCGAACAGGUUACAAGGCUGGUAACCUGAGGUCUGCCAUGAGCUGUGAUUACCUGAAAGAUUACGAAUUUGUGGCCAUCUUUGAUGCUGAUUUCCAGCCAGCACCAGACUUCUUGAAGAAAACCAUUCCCUACUUCAAGGGAAACGAUGAACUAGGGUUGGUUCAAACAAGGUGGGCGUUUGUGAACAAGGAUGAGAACCUGCUCACUAGAUUGCAGAACAUAAAUCUGUCAUUCCACUUUGAAGUUGAGCAGCAAGUCAAUGGCAUUUUCAUCAAUUUUUUCGGUUUCAAUGGCACGGCUGGUGUGUGGAGGAUAAAAGCCCUAGAGGAUUGUGGGGGCUGGUUGGAUAGGACAACUGUUGAGGAUAUGGAUGUUGCUGUUCGUGCUCACCUUUCUGGGUGGAAGUUCAUCUACCUGAAUGAUGUGAAGUGCCUAUGUGAACUUCCUGAGUCCUAUGCAGCUUACAAAAAACAGCAGCAUCGAUGGCAUUCAGGUCCCAUGCAGUUGUUUCGCUUAUGCUUCGUUGAUGUGCUCCGAUCAAAGCAGUUGAGUGUGGGGAAGAAGGCAAACCUGAUACUUCUGUUCUUUCUCCUGCGGAAGCUUAUCCUGCCUUUCUAUUCAUUCACUCUUUUCUGCAUCAUUCUACCCCUCACCAUGUUCCUCCCGGAAGCUGAACUACCGGCUUGGGUUGUGUGCUACGUUCCUGGUCUCAUGUCCAUCUUGAACAUCUUGCCAGCCCCUCGCUCAUUUCCGUUCAUAGUCCCUUACCUUCUAUUUGAGAACACCAUGUCGGUCACCAAAUUCAAUGCCAUGAUAUCGGGGUUGUUUCGCCUGGGAAGUUCUUAUGAGUGGAUAGUUACAAAGAAGUUAGGAAGAUCAUCAGAAGCAGACUUGAUUGUGCUAGCUGAGAAGGAAUCGGAUCCUCUGGUGUUGGAAAGCUCUGGGAUCCACAGGUCUUCAUCUGAAUCAGGCCUGGAUAAUCUGAACAAGCUAGAAGCGAGCAAGAAAACGGUGAAAAGGAAAAGAAAUCGUCUGUACAGGAAGGAACUGUCCCUGGCGUUCAUACUGUUGACUGCUGCUGCUAGAAGCUUGCUGACUGCUCAGGGGAUCCACUUCUACUUUUUGUUGUUUCAAGGGAUUAGUUUCUUGGUCGUUGGUCUUGAUUUGAUUGGAGAACAAGUGAGCUGAGCUGACUAAAAAAGUAGGCAUAGAUUUUGUACACUUGAUUAUGAUCUGUUUUUGUUACAAGUUGUGGUCCUCGUCUCCCUCCCUUGCCCAGUGCAGUUUUGUGCAUUCUUUUCAUUCAUGUAACUGCAUCUCUUUGUUCAUAAUACAGCUGCCAGAGGCGGUUCGGAGCUGAAUGAAAGAGAGAGUUGCUGUUUACAAUAUAUUAUCACCACGAGUUUACAAUAUAUUAUUCAGACUCUAGUACUGCUAACCCUUGAGAACCAUACUAAGCAUCGACUCUGAACCCAUGCUACUCAGU